ACCACCAGCGUUCGGAACGGUGCGUCUUAUCGCUUUAUCAGUUAUUUCGUUUAAUUUUGUCACUGUUACCGAAUGUGAUAGCGAUAGGUAAAAUCUCCAUGCUUCGAAUGCCGCUGUAAUCGUGUUGAACCAACCGCGUAAACCCCGCUCAAGUUACUCGGAGAAGUCCUUGGAUUACGGUGAAAGUUCAGAAAUGGGAAAGUUGGUCUAGCGGAGACGUGACGAAUGCACAAACAAAGCUUUUUGUGUCCACCCAAGUGUAUUUCGGUGACAAUAAUCUGCUUCGAGUAAACCUUCCGAGUUCGAUAAGAGGAGCAAGUUAAAGACUGCGUACGAAGAUGUCUUUCAAAGAGCUCGUCGAACCGGAAUGUGGAGGGGCGAAUCCGUUGAUGAAUCUGGGCCGAGCGGUGCGCCGCGAUGUUGCCUUCCAGGAUGAAGGGUUGGCUGGCGGUCGGAGUUCCUUCGCCGGGGGCGAUCGUGAGUUGGUGAACGAGUUUAUGGGACAGAUUGCUCCGGCACCCCAGUCCUUCCGGAUGGACGUGCUGUUGAAGGAGAUGCGUGAGAUCGACGCACAGAACUUUCAUCGGCAGCAGCAAAUCGUACCGGGACCGGCAGUAAUCGAUACGGUGGCCAGCGGAGGUACCGCUUGGGUGGAACAGUUUCACAGUGAGGCUGCCCAAGCGAGAGCGGAAAGUAAACUUUCGAGUGUUUGGUCACAGUCACAUCUCACUCCGAUACAGGGCGCAGUAAACGUGGGACCUAACAAUAUCCUCUACACGAAGGACUUUUUUGAUGUACACGACCCAACAUCGAUGGAGCCCGAAGGGACCUCCAUUAGGCAGGCGGCAGGAGAAAUGUUAGCGGAAGGUUAUGCCGCUCGAACGCUUAACAACGAACGAAUGAAUCAGAGUGAGUUUUUACGAUUUAUGAGCAAUGUUAGAGCCGGCAAUAUUCGCAUUCACGGAGGCCAGGUGUCCAGCAGCGUGUGGGAGAAUCGUUUCGACGAGUUGGAGGCAAGCUCCUCAAAGGGUAAAGAGGAACAUUUGCAGCAACAGCCUACCGAGGCAAACGUGCAGAAGGAACAGGACGAGGAGGAGCAACGGGCGGACGAUGACUGGGCGAAGGCAUUUGAGGCGGACAAGCGAGAACAAGAUGAGGCAUCCGAUAACUAUAACAAGCAAUUUUGGGAGCGCCUGCAGGACGAGUGGCGCACGCUGUCGGAAAGCGAGGGUCAGCAUCCGUGGCUGUCGGAAUUUUCCGACUACUAUGAUCCCUACAAGGAGUACAAGUUUGACGAGGAGAACCCGAUGCAGGACAUAGAGAAUGCGUUCGCGAAGGGUAAAGCAUUCCUUGCCCAAGGGGACAUCCCGAGCGCUGUACUUUGCUUCGAGGCGGCCGUCAAGCACGAUCCGGAGAAUCCGGAAAUUUGGGAACUGCUUGGGUUUUCUCAGGCGGAAAACGAAAAAGAUCCGAAUGCGAUUGCCGCGCUUAAUAAGGCACUCUCGUUCAAUCCCAACAACGCUCCGGUGCUGAUGGCCCUGGCGGUGUCGUACACGAACGAGAGCAUGCAGAAUCAGGCACUUCGGAUGUUGGUGCGGUGGAUGAAGUGUAACGGAAAGUACGAAGCAUUAGUUCCGCCCGAGAUGGUGCAGGCGCAAGAGUCACCGCUCGCUAGCUCGCUGAUGGGUGGCCCGAACUUACAGCAAGUGCAGGAACUGUUCAUCAAGGCGGUGCAGCAAUCGCCCAACGAAAUCGACGCGGACAUACAGGAAGCACUUGGGGUAUUGUUUAAUCUUUCCUCCGAGUACGACAAAGCGGUCGAUUGUUUCCAGGCCGCAGUACAGGUGCGCCCCGAUAGCUCCAAGGCUUGGAAUCGACUUGGUGCAAGUUUGGCCAACGGGAAUCGAUCGGUUGAAGCGGUCGAAGCGUACCAGCGUGCACUGUCCAUUCAGCCGGGCUUCAUUCGAGCACGCUAUAACGUGGGCAUCAUCUGCAUCAACCUGAAGGCUUACCGGGAAGCGGCGGAACAUUUGCUGACGGCACUCAACCAUCAGGCCACUUCGAUUGCACGAUCCGGUUUGAAUGUGGCCUCCCCAGCGAACCAGAUGUCCACCACGAUCUGGACUACGCUGCGCAUGGUGUUGUCGCUGAUGAAUCGUCAAGAUUUGCAGCCAGCAAUCGAUAACCGGGAUCUGGAGACGCUCAACCGAGAGUUUUCGAUCAGCAACGAAUAGCGGAAACUGUCAAUGCUGCCGAGUAGAUAUGGUCCUGUGACCUUUCAGCUGGAGAUGGUGAUGGACGAUAUACAAACUAGACAAACCGGGUAGGGGUUAUGCUUAAGGUUCCAACGUUCUGAGUGGAUAGGGCAACUGGGAAGACACGUGAGAUCAGAACAAAAUAAGUACUACUAGUGAAAUUAAUGAGCGUAUUGCCGGGGGACACGAGGUAAUUUUUCUUUUUCAUACGGGGCUUUCAACGACCGAAGGGGAUUUUUUCUUCAUUUAGUAUAAACUAAAACAACAUAUACGAAAGUGCAAAAACAAACAGAUUGACCAAACGCUUGCAUUAGCUGUGUGUGGAGAUCAGAAAAGUGGACCACCAUCCGAACAUGUGCAGAUGGGUGGGCAUUGAAUUUGUUAUAAAAAAGUACCUAAGACAUUGCGAUAACUCAAAAGAACAUAUUAGCAACUACAUUAAAUGAUUCUACAAACAAGCUUGGGCCGGAUGAGAUCCAAAAUUAACUAAAAUGAUAAAUAAAAAGUGCAAUACGUACGUUAA